AUGGUGCAAGAGGAGACCAACUUUAGGCACUUGCCUACUACAAAGAAAUCCAACAAGCCAUUCAAAUCAAAGCAUGCUACCAAGGGCCAGCUGAAAACAAAACUCAAAGGUCGUGUUUCUUCAAAGGACGAACUACUCAACUCGGCAGUGGGAUCAAGAGUCUCGUCCUCUAAGGCUGAUAGGCGGAAUACUGCAAAGCUGAUUCAAAAGAGGAAGAGAGAUCUCGUCGUCAAGGGCCAGAGACUGUAUCAGGGUGUAAAUGGAGUGCCAAAAGUCGUGGCCGUGAUCCCGUUAUGUCCUGAUGUUGGAUCAAAGACUGCUGUCGAUGCUCUAUUCGCUAGUAUGGGUCAAGAGUCGCCGGAAUCUGGUUGUGGUAUUCUAAAGUUGGAACGCUUCAAACAAAACCUUCACCUCAUAUCCGUCCCCCGUGAUUUAUACGCAAUCCUGGACGCAUGUCUUGCCGCAGACGUAGUCCUCUUCCUCCUAUCCGCAGAACAAGAAGUAGACGAAUUCGGAACCUUGAUCCUGUCUUGUAUUAAAACGCAGGGUGUAGCACCUACACUCUCAUGUGUCCAACACCUCGAAUCCCUGCCUAUAAAAGAACAAUCCCAAGUCCGGAAAUCAUUAACGUCAUACAUGGACUUUCAUUUCCCAGACCAUGAACAUAAGUUGUGUUCUAUCGGUGCUGAUGCUGAUGUGCUGAAUCUGGGGAGGUAUUUGACGAAUACGACACCAAAGGAUUAUGCGUGGAGAGAGAAAUAUAGUCGGAUUGUUGCGGAGAGUGUAGAGUAUGAUGAGGGCAGUCAGUGUUUGAAGGUUACGGGACAUGUGCGUGGAAUGCCGUUGUCUGCUAAUCGGUUGGUGCAUGUGCCGGGUAGUGGAUCUCAUCAAAUCAAACAAAAAUAUGUCGCAAAGGUUACUGCAUGUCCAACAAGCACACGUGCAAUGAAUGUCGACCAACUAGUAGUCCUCGACAAACCAAACGCAUUACAAGAGUCUCUUGUAGCAGUCAACGAGCCUGAUCCAAUGCAGGCUGAACAGACUUGGCCUACUGAUGAGGAGAUACAUGAUGCUGACAUGCGCUUGGCACGCAGAUCAUCGAUAAGCUCCUUGCACGGAUCUAUCAAGAGCAUAAACACCACAUCAUCCAAGAAACGAAUUGUACGAGUACCGAAAGGUACUUCUGCAUAUCAAGCUGCUUGGAUUGUUGAUUCGGAUGAUGAAGUCGCCAGCAACGAUAACUCUGAUGACGACCAUGAUGACGAAGAAAUGCAGCAAGGAGACUAUGAAGAGGAAAUGCCACCUCAAAGUGAAUCUGCACUAUGGAUGGGCAAAGAAUCACCUGCCAACGACCAAACAGACGAAGACUACGACGAAGAAUACGAAGAUCUAGAUCUCGACGCUACAGAAUCCGAAGCACCAUCACAGCCUGACGAUACCAUGAUUUACGAUAACGAAAACAACGAAGAAGACCCAUUACAUAAAGCAGCACAAGAAGAUCUCGAAUUCCCAGACGAGGUAGACACGCCUCGAGAUAUGGAUGCACGCAUCCGAUUCCAGAAAUAUCGAGGGCUGAAAUCAUUUAGGACGUCACCGUGGGAUGCGUUUGAGAGUUUGCCUGUUGAUUAUGAGAGGAUUUUCCAGUUUAAGGACUUCAAAAAGACCAAGAAUAGGAGUUUGAAGAUGGCGGUUGAUUCUGUUGUUGGUGUUGGUGAGAGGGUUUGUGUUUGGAUUGAUGGGGUUGGGAAGGAUGCGUAUGCAACAAUGAGCCCAUCCCGCCCAAUAACAAUAUUCUCCCUCCUCCGUCACGAGCAUAAAUUCUCUGUAAUCCACUUCUCCCUCACUCGCACAUCCGAAGACACAUCAAUUAUAAAAUCAAAGACUCCCAUGGUCGUCUUUUCAGCAUUCAGACGAUUCGUCGCAAAUCCAGUAUACUCAACAGAUACACGUGGUGGUACCAACAACGUACACAAGUUUGAACGGUAUCUGCAAAGCGGGAGAACGAAUGUUGGAUCUAUAUAUGGGCCUGUCACGUAUGGGCCUGGACCGGUGCUGAUGUUUAAGGCGGAGGAUGUUAUGCGGUGGACUGAAGACUCCCAUCCAACCCUCAUAGCAACAGGCUCCCUUCUAGACCCAGAUCCAACCCGCAUAAUAGCCAAACGCAUAAUUCUCACAGGCCAUCCGUUCAAAAUCCAUAAAAAAUCAGCUGUAAUCCGAUUCAUGUUCCACAAUCCUCCCGAUAUUGAAUGGUUUAAACCUAUUCAGCUGUAUACGAAACUGGGCAGAGUCGGUCAUAUAAAAGAGAGUCUGGGAACGAGAGGACAUAUGAAGUGUAUUUUUGAUGGGGUACUGAAACAGCAGGAUACGGUUUAUCUCAACGAUCAACCGUCCAUCUAUCCCUCCGAAGCCUGGCUACAACCACUAACCCACCACACCGCUUUGUGCUUUACAGGAAACAUGAAGUGGUUGCUAGCUGCAUCAGCGCUACUGAUAUCAGCUGUACAUGGACAGGUUAAUGUAGUGCUGAAUUCUAAUAACUAUCCAAACGCCGGAUCAUCACCACCCGCAAACGCAGCCUUCACAUCGCAAUACGAUCUCUCCAAAGUCCCCAACAUUGCAGUCCGGACAUCACCUGCAGGAUGGACGUACUCUGCACUAGAUAUCAUAUCUUGUCCGUCACCUAAACAGUGGGGGGUUACGUUCGAUGAUGGGCCGAGUGGGCCGUAUACGCCGGGACUGCUGGAUCAUUUGGAUCAGAAGGGGGUCAAGGUUACGUUUUUUGUUAUUGGGGGGAAUGUGUUGGCGAAUCCGGAUCCGUUGCUGAGGGCGUAUAAGGCUGGGCACCAGAUUGGGAUUCAUACGUGGUCUCACCCAUACCUGACUGAACGAUCCAAUGAAGUAAUCAUCUCGGAAAUCACAUGGACUGCUAAAAUCAUUCAUGAUGUGAUUGGUGUGACUCCCAAGUAUAUGAGACCACCGUAUGGAGACCUAGACGACAGAGUCCGAGGCGUCAUAAACGCAAUGGGUAUCAAAAUCGUCACAUGGAAUCGCGAUACAGACGAUUGGGAGCACUUAGAUACCGCAACGACCGUCGUCCCACAAGAAAUAAACGGAUGGAUUGCAAACCCACCUACAGACAGCGGCAUCAUAUCCCUCGAGCACGACUUUUGGCAAAACACUGCCCUAGCUGGAUACACAUCCGUUGAUCUAAUCCAGGGCGCUGGAUUCACGAUAACUCCUGUAGCGGUAUGCUAUGCUGAUCCAUACCCGUAUGCUGAAGGUGCGGGCACGUUGCAAGGGGUUACGCCCGUUACGCCAUCUGCUGCUCCGAGUGCGGCACCUAGCGCGGCACCUAGUGUUGCGGCUGUCGUGGGGUCUGGAUCGACGGCGUACUCGCAGUCGGGUGCUGCGGGUGGGUGGCAGAGCGCCACGGGGCCUGUUGCGCCAAAGAAGGAGGAUGGGGCGGUUAAGCUGGAUGUGUAUCAUCGGAAUAAUCGGUUUUAG